AUGGCUGAUCAAAGCCUGGAGAAUAACCAAAAUGAGAGGUCAACGUUUGCAAAAGUUAUUCCCUCAGAUGACAGUGUCGACUUCAAACAGUCUGAGAAGGCGAUGGAUGCUGGAUCUAUAGAUAGAAUAGAGUGUUCUCAAGGAAAUGACAAAGCAGGACUCACAGAUUCCUUUAAAGUACCGGAAAAGAUUGUAUUUCAACUCCCUGUUAAAAGUAGAAAGCCAGAUCCUUCCAUAACACUUUCAGAUUCGUCAGAUACAACCGAAAAGACGUAUAGGAACAAAAACACAAUUUCCCGUGAAAACAAUGUUCGUUGUUCAGACGAGAAAGUAACUGCUGAUAAAGACUGUACAAAUGACGAUAAAAAUGACGACAAUGCCAAAUCAGUGAAACCUAUUUCUACUCAGAAAUGUGUUCAAAGCAUAAGCCAUAAAUAUGCUUUUCCAGCUCAGCAACUUUCACAAGGGACAAUUCCUUACAAGGAACCAUCUUGGGGUGGGCCAUGUGAGGAACAAUACAAAUUUGAAGUGCUUAAGAAUGGAACAAUGUUGGAAGAUGUUGAUCUGACAACAAAAUCUUUCUAUGUUAUUGGUAGACUACCGAGUUGUGAUGUGACUAUGGAGCACCCAUCUUUGUCACGUCACCACGCUGUAGUUCAGUACUGUUCGCAAACUUCAGAGAAACAUGAACAGGGCUGGUAUCUCUAUGACUUAGACAGCACGCAUGGCACAUGGAUCAACAAGAUCAAAAUCCGUCCCAAAGUUUACAACAGGUUGCGUGUUGGACAUAUGAUUAAGUUUGGCGGCAGUAGUAGGCUCUUUAUCUUACAGGGCCCAGAAAAGGAUGCUGAGGCAGAAUCUGAAUUGUCAGUGACAGAACUAAAAGAACAACGUGAGAGGCAGAAGAGAGAAGUGGAAGUAUUGAGAUUAGCUGAGCUAGAGGAAAAUGAGAAGAAACUGGCAGAACAAGAAAAGCGGAGAGAGUUGACAGGUUGUUCUUGGGGGUUAGAUGAAGAUGAUGUGAUAGAAGAGACUGUGGAAAAUCCAUUCUCAACACUAGAUAAUGAAGAGCUGUACAUAAAUGACCCCAAGAAAAGCCUAAAGGGUUACUUUGAAAGGGAAGGUUUAGAUCCUCCAGAGUAUGAGAUAUCUGAGGCAGGAUUUGGAAAGUACAAAUGUCAGGUGGAAUUGCCGAUAGACACCCCGACUGGCCAUCCUAUGAUAGCAGAGGUUUGUGUGUCUGGGAAGAAGAAGGAAGCUGUUGUGGAGUGUGCACUGGAGGCUUGUCGUAUCCUCGACCGCCAGGGCCUGCUGAGAAAUGCCACACAUGAGAGUAAGAAAAGGAAGCAGAAGAACUGGGAAGAUGAUGACUUUUAUGACAGCGAUGAGGACACAUUCCUGGACAGAACAGGGGACAUUGAGAAGAAGAGAAGCAUGAGGAUGCAGAAAGCUGGCAAGAUGGAGAAUAAAGCCCAGACGUAUGACUCACUGAUGAAACAGCACGAGGCAGUGGUUGCUGAAAUGGACGAAAUUCAAGCCAAAUUGGACAAGGCAAAAAAAGAUGCUGAAGCUGCUGAAGCUAAUGAUAUUGAUGCCCUCGAUGCUUACAUGUUGUCAAUCAAAUCGGGAGCCAUGGAUACCAAAACAAAGAUGAAACUGAAGUGUCGGCAGCUUGAACUAAAGAAAGAAGAAUUGCGUUUGAGAAAACUUAUCAACAUUGCCAAACCAGCAUCACUUCCAGAAUUAAAACAGCAAAUCCCGGCAUCAGUAAAACCAGUUGACAAGAAAGGGCUUCCAAUUAUUGGAAAAAGGAAAAUGGUGGAACCAUCCAAAAAGUUUUCAAGACCUUUACCCAUACAAGAACAGAAGAUGGAAACGGAUGAUUUUGUGGAAGAGAAUGAUGAUGAGGAUGAAGAAAUGGAAGGAAAAACAGACGACGACAGGCAAAAGGGAACUGAACAACCAUCAAAUGCUGAUGUAUCUGUGAGGACUGAUACACUACAUCAAGGGGAGAUAACUGUGACAAGAGAUUCUUCUCCAUCAUCACCAGCUUUCAACAAAGAACCAGCUGCUACCUCAAACACAGACAGGCUGUCAGAAGCUGCGACCUCUGAACAAGAGAUGUCAGGCAAAAAGUCCAAAAAUUAUAACACCUCUGUAGCAGCCCAUUUAUCUCAUAUCAAAAAGAAGCAGAAGACCAUCUCACAGAUGAAGACCCCUGCAGAGUAUGAUGAUGAUGACCCAGACUAUGCAGUCUGGCUGCCUCCAGUUGGCCAGAGUGGAGAUGGGAAAACACAUCUGAAUGAGAAGUAUGGUUACUGAGAAGAUCCUCACCCUGGUUUACAUCAGGCAGCUCAGGUUACAGGGAUACGAGUACAGCUAUAGAUAAGCGAGGCAAUGCACAGGGAAACUAUGAAACAACCAGAGUUAGCUGAAUAUAAGAUCCAUGAUUCAAGCUCAUUGGAGUCAGUGGUUACUGCAAUGGAAAACUUUACAUGUCCUUUGUAAGAAGGAUAAGAACUUUUUUGGAAGAACAUGACACUUUCAAUUGAUUGAAGGUAAUGUUCAGUAUGAAAUAGUAUCUUACUUUCUCAGAAAUUAAGGUGUCCUGUAAAGUUCAGUUUUAUCUGAAUAA